UGCUGGACUGUUUUCAGCCGUCUGUUUCUUUACUGAAGCCGCCGGCUCUGGUUGUGUCAGGGCACAAGUGGAUCGGUGGUGAACUACUUGGGGAGUCACCUUUUCCUUGUGUAGUCCGAAAUGUAAAUAAUCUGGUUCACCACAUAGUGCACUACUUUAUACCCAUAAUGCACCAUAAAAUAGCCAUAACCUUUCUCCUUCUCAUCACCCUGGAGUCUUGGGCCUUUGGGUCAUUUGGCUAGCAUAGGGGUUCCACACAAUAUCAAUGGUAAAAGGUGGUUACUAUGGAUUAAAUCUUAAUUGUUGAAAUUGAAUAUGUUAUUAAGAAUCUGUUUGCUAAGGUUCUAGACACUAGUGUACUAUGUGAUUGGUCACACCAUCAGAGGACUGUUUGUGGUGUACAGGCAGAAUAAGUGAUUCUUUGUCUGAUUCACAACGGCACUAUCCAACCAAAUGGGAAAGAUAAAUAAGUUCACACAACAUUUUUGCGUUUCCAGAGACAGAUUUAAAAGUUUUGGGCUAAUCCUAAACCUUUGUUGUUGGGGAUCAGCCGUGAACUGUUGUGCCCACAGACUCCUCCCCAGACCAUAGCACAGGCUGUCCUCUACAGUCUGAUGCUGGUUCUGUUUCCUCAGACCAUAGUACAGGCUGUCCUCUACAGUCUGGUGCUGGUUCUGUCUCCUCAGACCAUAGUACAGGCUCUCCUCUACAGUCUGGUGCUGGUUCUGUUUCCUCAGACCAUAGUACAGGCUGUCCUCUACAGUCUGAUGCUGGUUCUGUUUCCUCAGACCAUAGUACAGGCUGUCCUCUACAGUCUGAUGCUGGUUCUGUUUCCUCAGACCAUAGUACAGGCUCUCCUCUACUGUCUGGUGCUGGUUCUGUUUCCUCAGACCAUAGUACAGGCUCUCCUCUACUGUCUGGUGCUGGUUCUGUUUCCUCAGACCAUAGUACAGGCUCUCCUCUACAGUCUGAUGCCGGUUCUGGUUCCUCAGACCAUAGUACAGGCUGUCCUCUACAGUCUGGUGCUGGUUCUGUCUCCUCAGACCAUAGUACAGGCUCUCCUCUACUGUCUGAUGCUGGUUUUGUCUCCUCAGACCAUAGUACAGGCUCUCCUCUACUGUCUGAUGCUGGUUCUGUCUCCUCAGACCAUAGUACAGGCUGUCCUCUACAGUCUGGUGCUGGUUCUGUCUCCUCAGACCAUAGUACAGGCUCUCCUCUACUGUCUGAUGCUGGUUCUGUCUCCUCAGACCAUAGUACAGGCUCUCCUCUACAGUCUGGUGCUGGUUCUGUCUCCUCAGACCAUAGUACAGGCUCUCCUCUACAGUCUGAUGCUGGUUCUGUCUCCUCAGACCAUAGUACAGGCUCUCCUCUACAGUCUGAUGCUGGUUCUGUCUCCUCAGACCAUAGUACAGGCUCUCCUCUACAGUCUGAUGGGCGGGUGGGUUCGACUACAUGCCUGCUAACCGACAUUCCCAGCCCUGCUGCAGCCCCAGAGCGAGACCUCUUGUUCUCUGUUAGUCUCUCCAGCGCUUUCCGCAUUCUCCGCCUCAAUCUAUGCUUCCCCCCCCCCCCCCC